CUAAUGCAUGCAUAACGUCCCCCGGGCGACGAGAGAGAGAGAGAGCGGGGGAGGACUCCCAACUACGGCCUUCUUCUACCUCACCAUCCACGCGAAAUCCCCGACCACCUCCUCCCACGGCGGCGGAGAAAGCCAAAACCCGAGCUCCCUGGAUCCGAGAUCUCUGACCCCAUCCCCGUUUUCGACCUCCAGAACCCUCGAAUCAGAGCCCUCCGCCGCCCUCUUCCGGCGAUGAUCCACUGGAAUCGCCUGCAUUCACGCCCCUGCGCGUGCCCUAGAGAUCGGGUCUCGCAUUGCCGAAUCUGAGGGAUUUGGUGUCGAGAUUUUGGCCGAUGGCGACGAGGAAUCGGACUCCGGUGUACCGGAAGUAUCGGGACGCCCUUCGGAGCGUUCGGAUGCCGGCGGUCUUUUCUCCUCCGGCUCAUGCCGGCCCUUCGUUGUCUUCGGCCGGUGGCCCGGUGAUCGAAUUGGUGAGUACUUCGCUUCUCCAUCCGGAUCGGGCUUAUACUCCUCUUAGCACGGAAGACCCCAGCAAUUCCAGUAAAGGCCCACUUACAGUUGGUUUGCCUCCAGCUUGGGUGGAUGUUUCUGAAGAAAUAUCAGCAAAUAUACAACGUGCUCGGACAAAAAUGUCGGAGUUAGUCAAGGCUCAUGCCAAGGCUUUAAUGCCUUCUUUUGGAGAUGGAAAAGAGGUGCAACAUGCAAUUGAAAUUCUUACUCAAGAGAUCACUGAUUUGUUGAAGAGAUCGGAGAAGAGAUUAAAGAAACUUUCUUCCAAUUCUACUUCUGAAGAUUCAAAUAUUCGGAAAAAUGUGCAGAGAUCACUUGCGACUGAUCUUCAGAACCUCUCAAUGGAGUUCCGUAAAAAGCAGUCUACUUAUUUGAAGCAUCUCAGACAGCAAAAGGAGGGUCAAGAUGGUUUGGAUUUGGAGAUGAAUCUUAAUGGAACUAGAUCUACAUCAGAAGAUGAUGACUUUGUUGCUGUGGGAUUUAAUGAUCAUAUGUCUCAACUGAAAAAAAGUGAGGCAUUCACAAGAGAGAGGGAGAGAGAGAUUGAACAGGUUGUGGAAUCAGUAAGUGAGCUUGCUCAGAUUAUGAAGGAUCUAUCUGUCCUAGUGAUAGAUCAGGGAACCAUCAUUGACCGGAUUGACUAUAAUAUUCAGAAUGUUGCAGCCACAGUGGAAGAGGGCUGUAAACAAUUGCAGAAGGCAGAGAGAACGCAGAGGACAGGGUUCAUGGUGAAGUGUGGUACCAUACUCAUCAUAAUGUGCUUCAUCAUGCUAGUCCUUCUGAUUCUUAAGGAGAUAUUAUUUUGACCCUGGAUGACAGUGAUGCCUGUCUAUAUGCGUCAUCUCCAAUGGAGUUGUCCACGUACCUUCCCCCAUUAAAAUUUUACUUGGUCAUAUUGAUGCAUUCACAUGACAACAUCAGAGCUAUCUUUUGAACCCUGGAGCCACUUUUGUACCAAGCAACACCCAUAUUGCAGGAAGCAGAGAGUGUUGGGCUCCAUGGAGGAAGUAGAGCAGGCUUUUGUGCAUCCUUCGACGUGUGGAUUCUUAAGUUCGCAGCGAUCUCCAUCAAAAUUGAAUUUUCUUUUUAAUCUGUUGUUUUUUGGGGGAAGAAAGAAAUACCGAACUCCUUCGGUAUCUCUUGAUUAUACUUUUUGUUUUGAAUAAAAGCAUCAUCUUGGCUAUGAAAAUUGUUUCUUUGUUUUCACUAUUUCUUCAGAGAUUUUUUUGUUUAAAAAAAAAAUAUUGUUGGAUA